CUCAGAGCGGAACAGGCAGCUCAUCACUUAGUGCGCUCCCGCUGCCAAUGGCUCAGCGCUGGCUUGCUGCUCUCCUACUUAUUCUGACUGCUCAAGGUUUAUCUAUCCCUGUGAUUCAACCAAAGAAUGGCACGUUGAUUAAGAGAAAGGGCGAUCGCAUCGAACUUCAAUGUACAGACCACUCAAGCAUAAGAUGGAUAAUUCCAUCAAGUGCAAAAAGAAGCAUCAAUCAAAACAGGGUCAUUAUCGAAUCAGCACAACCAAAGCAUACAGGCCGAUAUAUAUGCCAAAAUCGCAUUUCUUUUACAAACAGCUCCCUUUACAUAUUCGUGGAAGACCCCAAGAGUUUGUUUGUAACUCCAUCACUGACACAGAAGUUCAUUGGUGGAACAGAAGGGGGUGCGGCUGUCAUUCCUUGUCGAGUUACAACACCUGGGAUUGAAAACUUGAAACUGGAGAGAGUUACCGGAGCAUCCAUCCCCAAAGACCUGUCCUAUACUGCCGACAUUCACACGGGCAUAAGCAUCGCUAACCUGAAGAGACAUUUUGAAGGGUAUUAUGUGUGCACCGCUGUAAAGAAUGGAAUUGUGAGAAAAUCAGACAAAUUUAAACUGCAGAUAAUACCAGUGCCCAGGAGAGCCCCAGAAAUCACUGUGGAGAUAAGUAAAAAGUUGCUGAAGGAAGGAGAGAAAUUUCAGAUGGCGUGCAUAAUUAAAAAUAUCAACCAUGCAGUAACUGUGAAUUGGACUCACCCACAACGUUCAGUAAUGGCACGACACUUGACAUCUCAAGUUGCUAUUCCACCUCAUUUAAUCUCCCGAGGGCAAGCAUCUACUCAGCCCCUGGCAGGACAGAACCCGAUGGUGUUGGCAAUGUGUAAUUUCAUACAAGUGCACAAGUUAACACGGGAACAACAGGCAGAAACUGAAGUAAUGACAUUGAGACCGUGCUACCUACGGUGCUUGGACUCAACUAUAGCAAUAACAGAGGAAUUGCAUCCAAAAAAUGCAAUAAUAAGUCAGCCUCGUUUUGGAAGGAUUGAAGUAGAAAGCAUAAUUAAUACCAAAGAACUGAACAUCACAGUGGAAUGCCAGUCAUACAACAGCAUUGGCGAGAGUCAUGCAACCUAUCAGAUAAAAGGAGGAAUGCCAAAGACACAUCAUCUCUUUACACCACUAUUGACCCUGUUUGCAGCAGCGGCUGGAGUACUCUGUGUUAUUUUAGUAAUCCUAUUUUACAAAUAUCAACAGAAACCCAGAUAUCAAAUUCAGUGGAAGGUAGUUGAGGGAAUACAAGGGAAUAACUACACGUACAUUGACCCUACACAAUUACCGUACGAUGAUAAGUGGGAAUUUCCCCGGGAUAAGCUGCGUUUUGGUAAAACACUUGGUGCUGGAGCCUUCGGGAAGGUUGUGGAGGCUUCUGUUUAUGGAUUGACAAAGGCUGAUUCCAUUAUGACUGUUGCAGUAAAGAUGCUUAAACCAAGUGCCCAUUCAACAGAGAAGGAAGCUCUGAUGUCAGAACUGAAAGUCUUGAGUCACCUAGGGCAGCACAUCAACAUCGUCAACCUGCUGGGAGCAUGCACUAUAGGAGGCCCAGUUCUGGUGAUCACUGAGUACUGCUGUUUUGGUGACCUUCUGAACUUUCUGAGAAGGAAACGAGAUUCAUUUGUUUGGCCAGAACAUAAAGAACAGGAUAUGGCAAAGACACAAUAUGAGAAUAUUCCAAGUCUGAGGGAUCCUGUGAGCAAUGGUUCUGGAUCAUAUAUGGAAAUGAAGCCAAGUUGCACAGCAUUGCCACAGAAACAUGUGGACAAAAGAAAAUCCCCAAGCAAGGAAUCAUACAGUGAUAAGGAAAACAACAAUGCUGUCACUGAAGAAUAUAACUUGGCUUUGGAAAUUGAAGAUCUUCUCAUCUUUUCUUAUCAAGUUGCAAAGGGAAUGAACUUCCUUUCUUCUAAGAAUUGCAUUCACAGAGACUUGGCAGCAAGAAAUAUUCUUCUAACCAAUGGACAAAUUGCAAAAAUAUGUGAUUUUGGUCUGGCUAGAGAUAUCAGGAAUGAUUCCAACUAUGUGGUGAAAGGCAAUGCUCGUCUUCCUGUGAAAUGGAUGGCUCCAGAGAGUAUUUUUGACUGUGUGUACACAUUUGAGAGUGAUGUCUGGUCUUAUGGCAUUUUAUUAUGGGAAAUUUUCUCAUUAGGGAGCAGCCCUUACCCUGGUAUUCCUGUGGACAAUAAGUUCUAUAAAAUGAUCAAGGAAGGGUACCGAAUGCUAAGUCCUGAACUUGCACCUACUGAAUUGUAUGAAGUCAUGAAGGCUUGCUGGGAUGCUGAUGCAUUAAGAAGACCUACAUUUGAGCAAGUUGUGGAGAUGAUUGAAGACCAGCUUUCAGAGACCUCGAAACAUAAAUAUUCCAACUUGGAGUCAAAUUUUACCACCAGGCUGAAAUUUCCCAGUCACUCCUCGCGUCUUAAUUCAGCCGGCAGCAGCAACGCUUCUGACCAACCAUUGCUAAUGAAUGACGAUGUGUUCCUUGAAGAUGAAAACAAACACAUGCAAAAUUGAUUUUGAAUCAAAAUCCAAAAUACUUACAUCCUGCUGAAGCGAAUAUGCAGACAAAUGACUGAAUGUAAAUUUUAAUAGCAUUUAUAUAUGUUGGAAUCAUGAAUUUACUUGGAAACUGCUGUGCUGUAGUCCUGUGUGGCUAAGUUAUAUUCUCUGGGAUAACACACACCAGAGUAAUAAGUUGCAACUGUUGUAAGACUCUUUGAGAGUGGUUUCUCAUAUGUAAUGCUUCUAAUUUUGUAGAAAAGGCUAUUUCAAAACUUUAUUUUUGAACUAUAUACAAUUGUAUUGAUCAUUUAUUUUGCUGCAAUGAAUAUUUGGUUAAAAGCAAGAUUCUCUUGAUGUAGCUAAUUUAUCUGGUAAAUAGUAAAUGAAGAUACUGAAUUUAUAGGAAGUGCUAGGCAGCCCUCUAGCUCUUUAAGAUGGAUGGAUAUGUACCAGCAAUGGAAAGGCAGCAACAGCCUCUUUUAAAUGUCUACCUUUUAUUUUCUAAUGUUUGCCAUUUUUUAAUGUUCUGACAUGUUCUAUUACUGAUUUGAUUCCAGACCAAUUAAAUGCCUUGGUUCACUACUCAGUCUAACCAUGAGGCUGAGAACAGAGUGCACUAAUAUGUUAUCAAUAUGAUCUUCGCUGUCAAUGUUCAUUGACAUUAUUACAAUUACAUAACCAUGUGUAAAAAGCAAGACAGAGAGUUCAACAUUCUGCAAGUUGAUUAUGGAUGUAUAUUUAAUUCUAUUUUAGCUAAAUUUUCUGGCUCCAGUACUGCAAUGAGUGACCCUAAUACCGAAUUGGAAAUCUUGCAUAAAUACAAUAAUUCAGAGGAUUGACAAAUAAACUGAGCAACGACUAAACUCAGAAUGUCAGAUAUUCUCCAACUUACUUCACCUCUUGCCUUGAUGAGCACCAAACUCAUACACAAAUCUCUACAGACGCAAAGUUACAGAUUUACUGAGCAACACUUAAGGUUUUUUUAUCAGUCUGCAUAAGAAAGGGGAAAUAAACACUUUUAUCAUUAAUAAGACACGACAAUCUUGCUACCAUAUUGCUCAACAGCUGAAGACAAUCACAGAGAAUGAAAUUACAAUAGCAACUAAGUGCUUUGCAAUUUGAGAUUGAAAUAUUUUGCCUUCUAAAAUAUUAGUUUUGAUAAAACUGUGCACUAUGUUGUGAAAUAAAUGAGAAAUUCCUCUUCCAAAUGUGUAGCUACAUAUCAAUGUUGUCUACUGGCAUACCUUGUCCAUGUUGACAAGGGGUGAGAGUAAACAAUGGUACAAAUCCUGUCAAGAGGACAAGUUAACAAAGAUGUUGUCUCACACCAUUAUCAGACGAAAUUGCAUAAUACAUGCUUGCUGAUAUCUACUGAAGGUAUUUGCACGCUUACGGAAGUUGAAAUUUAAAGCACCUUUUUGUUCUUUUUUUCAUAUGUACAAUGACAAAGGCUAAUUGUCUUCAAUUAAGUUGUUAUAGUUUAAGGAAGUUAGCUUCAAAAUCCAUCUGGCAAUUUAAUUUUACUAAACUUUGACUGCACAAACACUGCAACCAUUUGAACUGGUAAGGCUUUAAUAGCUUAAGGGAAGAAUAAUCGCAAUAAAUGCAUGCAGUGGAAAACUAUUUCUAAACACAGCAAUGCCAUUGUACUGAUUGCAUUUGCUUUAAGGCAUUACUAACUUAGUAAACAGUGUAUUUUGUUUGCCCAAUAAUGUAGGUUACUCCACAGAACUGUAACCACAUUACAGGUCAUUGAACUCAUAUCUGACAUAUGCAUGAUACAUUUCUGACUUUGACUAUUUUGGAUAAAUUAUCUCAUUUUAAGGUUAUUGAUUAAUUGUAAUUUUAUUCCAAAGUCAGUUUUUAUUAUUGCUUUGGAAAUGAAUGAGUGGAACAGUCUACAAGGUUCAUUCACUUCCUUGUCCAAUGUAACAAUAUGAGAUCCAAAAAGACAGAACUCCAAACGUGGAACGUAAAUUCAUAAGAUACAUCUUAUACUCUUAAGGCAUAAUCUAAGUGUGAAUUGUCAAGUUAUCAAUAUGAUUGUAGAACAUAUGUAUGAUUUAUGCAUAUGUUUACUAUUUAUUGGACGAGUCAAGUAAAAGUGAUUCAUACUGACUUUUAAGAUGCAAGCCCUCAUGACAAAGGUUUAGAAAAAUGUUGCUUUUAAAUGUGGAUCAUUGAUUUAUAAAUAUCACUGUAACAAAGAUUGACCUAGCAAUUUGGAUGUUUCAGUCUCUGUGCAUCAAUGAUGAGGCCUGAGGUAACCCCAUUAUUAACCUAUUGAGGCAAUUUCUGUGGAGCCAGUAAGUUAUAGAAAGCUAUCUGGUGUAACUAAAGAGUAGGUUGCUGCUGUGAUCGUCUGGUUCUGAAGAAGAAUCAUAUUUGUCUUACAAGAUUAACUUUGUUUCUCUCUCCACAGACCUGUGGAGUCUCUCCAGCACUUUCUGCUUUCAUUCAGAUCUCCAACAUCUGCUGUAUUUUGCUUUUAUUUGUAGUUUAUUCUACAUUUUUGUUGCAUAAGUUACCAGAAAAAUAAAUUACAUGUGAGUAAUCUCAUUUUAUUUCUCUUUAAAUCUUUCAUAAAUGGGGACCGUUGCAAGAUUUAAGAGUUUUCAGGUCACAUAGUUUUCUAGAACUGGCAGUGAUAGCUUUUUGUAAGGGAAAUUCUAGGACAGAUGUGUCAUUCCAGAGUGUUGCAGGAAGUCAGUGGUACCGUAAGAGAAUAUCAUGUAGAAUCAAGCACACUGCAGUGAUGUUGUGCUGUUCAUUCUAUCAUACUGUUUAUGAAAAUUAAGUAUCUUGUAUGAUUCUGCACUUAUGAUCUUUCUCCCUUAGGGUCCAUUUUAUAAUUUCCUACUUGUUUUUCAACGUUUGAGUAUGUGGUGAUAAUUAAUUUAGAUAAUGGCUGAUUAAAUGACCAGAUUUGUAGCUUAGAAAAUAUGUCAGGUAAACUAUUGCUGAAUAGAAUUCAAAUAGGAGUGUGUUAAUAAAUUUCAGAAUCAGUGUUUGCACAGGGCAGUCUUGUUUACACUAACACAUUUGUAUAAACAUAUGGGCUUUUUUUCCUGACAAUGAUGUUUAAAUUCUUUGCUAAAUAAUGGACAAAAAAUGACUGUUGAAGAUCCAAUAGAUUUAUGUGGUAACAUCCCUCAAACCAAAGUUUUCAGAUGGAUUCUUUGAGGAAGAACUGAAAAGUAUGAGAGAAGCUAUCAAAAAUAACUGAUGUUUACUACAAUAUAAUGAAAUAUAUCUUGGGCACUAGUGCAAAGCAGGCAAUAAUGAAUCAUCUUUCUAUUUUGCACUGAUGCCGCUGAUCCAUGAUGAGUUUCAUUGUAUUUUCCCUUCUGUGACCUGAUUAUAUUACAAUUAGUCCAAUAUGACAGCUUCAGUGUUUAGAUAUUUACAUGAGCAUUUUUACCAGGACAAUGUAAUAGAUUUUCCAUUGAGAAUUCUGUCUGAAAAGUGCAUGUUAUUAAGAAUUAAUUUUCUUCAACCAACCUGCAAAUUAACUGAGUAAAUCAAAAAAUAAAAUGUCUGCCAGGAGCUGGCUGAUCAGUUGUUGUCAGCAAUGGGAUUUAUCUUUGCUUUUAUUUUUAGAUUGGCACAGGUACUGAUCUGUUGAGAGCCACGUUCUAGUUGUACACAGUCUAUUAUAGAAUGGUGCUGGGGAAAACGUGCAGUUAACUUAUCAGAAUCUCCACUGCUCAGCUCUGUAACCCUGGAUAUCUGUGCAGUCAAUUCGUAGUUUUGCCCACCUAUAUACUCUUUUAGGAUAGCCUCUCCGGUCCAAUACCGCAGAGGAGUUAAUCAGAGGAGUAAUGGUUGAUGAGUAAUCAUCACAAAGGAUAAAUUCACGGCUGCUCUGUGAUGGGUGAUCAGAUGGGGAAAUUUGCUCCCAGUUAUUACCAAUAAUUAAUUCUGGCCACUGAUCAGACCUGGUGCCUGGUUAAUGUUAGAUACUAGCAACAGCAAUAAAAGUGUGGCUGAUUCAAUGGCAAAGAAAGGUUUGCUUCUGAUGGAUUAAUUGACCUUUGUAUAUUGCACUUUUAAUAUCUACACAGCUACUGCAUGGUUAUUCAUGACAGAAUUUGGAAUAUUGUUUUUGCAGAAAUGUUUAAAUAAAGGAUGCAGUCAUUGUGAAA